CUCGGCGAUGUACAAGAUGUUUUAUCGUGAAACUAAAGGCACCAUCCACAUCGCACACCACUGACACCAGCAGACAGACUGAGAAGAUGUGGAGGACCGAAGAUCCGCGUGUCAAACUAGACUACACGCAGAGGAAAAAAGAAGCAGUCUGGGGCAGAAAGAUGACCUGUGAUUGGCUACUGGGCAUUUAAAGCAAUGAUGGACAGACUAAAACAAACAUUAAAACAUCCACACGGACCACAUAUAACACAAGGUUGCUCACAGAGCUCAACUACAGAUCAUCUAAACAGUAUUGAUUGCCAUUAUCCAUCAGCAUGUGGAUCAUUCAGAGAAUGCAGGAGGGUGCAGAAAGCCUUCCAUUGCACAUCAGUCACCUCAUCAGCAAGAACAAAGAGGAGAUUUCUGCAAAGACCAGCAUCUUCAAUAAACUGCACAACAAUGUGCUCACGCCUGAUAAAAUCCCAGACUUUUUCCUGCCUCCCAAGUUGACCAAGCGCUGCCUUGUGGCAGACGCCAAAAAAAUUUCACAGUGUCUGAGUGAAGAAAUAAAAGGUCUUAGCUGUGGAAAACUAGCAGCGUCCAGGCCCGGCCAGCGAGCAAGUCUGAACAAAUCUACAGCAGCCUUGAAUAAACUUAAACCGAUCCCGUAUUCGCUAAAGUGCUACGAGUCUGGUUUGUUCGAGAGUCCGAACACACGUCGCAAAGAGUCUCUGUUUCAUUCCACGCUUACUAGUUAUACGCUGGAGCGAAUGACCAUCAGAGCACCAAAGCUUGCAUGCAGGUCACUGCUGAAGGCGGCCAGCACUGAGAGUGACACGCCUUCUGCUGACUCCACCCCUCAUUCAUCGCCACCGCCAAUCAGAAGAGAGAAUUUCAAAAAUGAAUGUUUAAAGCCAGGAGAUCCACCCGAGCACAACCUCAGAGAUGACAGAGUUUUCUCCGAUCUAGACAAAAAGCCUCCCAUGCCAAGAGUUCCUCAACGCACUAAGGUCAUUCAGGCCUCUAGGUCUGCAAAGCUAGCCCCGCCCAUUCAGUGCCCACUUGACAUGCUACACUGCCAGGAACGCUUCCAUCAGGAGCACGUCCUUCCCCUUCCACAGAGAGGUCGUGUACGCCUCUCCGCCUUCCGGUCCAGCGCCACCGGGUGCUCCGCUACAGUCCGCAUCCGUGUGGUCUCGAUAGAAGGCUUGAGAGAGCCCGGUGACCUUCGACCUCUGACCUGCAGCUUGACCCUGAGUCUUAAUCCCGGCAAACUGCAGCGGCAGCACAGCGCAAUCAUCAGGAACUGUCGUAACCCUGUGUUCAAUGAAGAUUUCUUCUUCACAGAGCCUGAGGAGCAGGAGCGAGGCCUGAGAGGUUUAGACCUCAGACUGAAGGUACUGGAUAAGGCCUCGGGUCUGGGGAGAGGUGUGGUAUUGGGAAUUGUGGUAAAACCUCUCUGUCAACUGUUGCCGCUGUAAGACGCUCAAACAUACACACACUGAAAAUACGCUCUGGCUUUUAGGGGUCUUUUGUCAACAAAUUUCCUGUAAUUCUGAACCAUUGACUGUAAUGUGGAUCUGUGCAAUGCAAGAAAGGUUUAUAGAGAUUUAUAGGACAAACAAAAAUCAAUUGACAAAGAAAGCCUCCGACCAGUUAUAGACAGAGAUACUGGUACAAUAUAUUAUGAUAAACGUAUUGAAAUUUUGGUUUUGUAAAAAAAUAUUUGGUAGCAUUUUGAGCUGUUUUUUUUAUUUUUAUGUUAGAAAACUACAGGCCUGAUUUGUUAUACAGGCAGUUCUUCUAACUAAAAAUAGAAUUUACACCUUUUUUCUUUAGCUGCAAAGAUUGUACAGUAAGAUUUUAAAAAGGUCAAUGUUAAUAAAUGUACUUCAUUUGAUUUGCCUGAAUAAAGUGCUGCUGUAUAAUAUUAAACCAAAGAGACGCCUCAUACAGUGACAAGUUCUGAAGAUUGAUCAUCACAUUGCUUGCAUUGCUCAUCGUUGUUUUUGUAAAUUGUUUAUUGGUGUUUUAGAAUUUUUUUCACAUAUCCAAAUCUCAACAAUACCAGGAUCUGUAUCUUUCACAAAUGUACAGACUGACAAUAAACUGAUGGGUUUUUGUUUUUUUACUCGUGUUCUACUGUGAUUUUAAGCAUGAACAAAAUGAUAGACAUAAGAUGUAAAUCCACGAAAUGUGCAUAAUUAAAUAUUUAUAUGCAGUAUAUUACUGUUUUUAUACAAGUAAUAAAGAAGAUUGACUUUUAAAA